CUCCCCUGGCCCGCCUGAGCUGCGGGCGGAGCGCGCUGGCCGCACGGCUCCAGGCCGUUCUCCCUGCGCCAAGCUCGUGGUCAGCCAGGCCCCCGCGGCCACGUGCUAGGAGGAAGCUGGAGCCCGGUUAGGAAGAUGGAGUUGGCGACUCGCUCCCAGAUCCCUAAAGAAGUAGCUGACAUCUUUAACGCCCCCAGUGAUGAUGAAGAGUUCCUUGGUUUCCGAGAUGAUGUUCCCAUGGAAACCCUGUCCUCAGAGGAGAGCUGUGAUAGUUUUGACUCCCUGGAGUUGAGAAAACAGGAUGUGCGUUUCCGUUCUGAAUACUUCACGGAUGAACUGAGAAGAAUUUUUAUAGAGGACACUGACUCAGAGACUGAAGACUUUGAAGGAUUUACACAGAGUGAGCUGAGCAUAAAGAGUAACCCAGAAGUAAUGCUUGUGGAGUCAGACUUGAGUGACAGUGGCAAAGCCACUCUGGCGAGUGAGGAAGAGGAUGAUGAUGAAGAAAAGCCUGCAGCCAGGAAAGGCAGACCCAGAAACAGCAGCAUUGGCCUUCGAGUAGCCUUUCAGUUCCCUUCCAAGAAACUGGCAAAGAAGCUGGAUAAAAACAGUUCCUCUGAGUUGUUUUCUAGCUCAUACUUACAGGACGGUAAAAAAAUUAUGGGAAGAAAGAAAAGCUGCAGCCAGGCGCUGGAAAGGGAGCGUUCCGACUCCGAGUCUGAGGACGACUCCAGGGAUGAGAGCCAGGAGGGCUCGGACGCGCUGCUGAAGCGGACCAUGAACAUCAAGGAGAACAAGGCCAUGCUUGCUCAGUUAUUGGCGGAAUUGAACUCGAUGCCAGAUUUCUUCCCGGUUCGAACCCCGACCUCAGCUUCUAAGAAGAAAACAGUGCGACGGGCCUUCUCGGAGGGACAGAUCACAAGGCGCAUGAACCCAACUCGAAGUGCGAGGCCCCCGGAGAAGUUUGCCCUAGAAAACUUCACUGUCUCUGCCACAAAAUUUGCAGAAGAGUUUUAUAGUUUUAGAAGAAGGAAGACAAUUAGUGGGGGGAAAUGCCAGAGGUACCGACGGCGGCGGCGUGCAUCUUCAUUUCGGCCAGUGGAGGAUAUCACUGAAGAGGACUUGGAAAAUGUUGCCAUAACUGUUCGAGAUAAAAUCUAUGAUAAAGUUCUGGGUAACACAUGCCACCAGUGUCGGCAGAAGACCAUCGAUACCAAGACAGUGUGUCGGAAUCAGAGCUGCGGCGGGGUGCGAGGCCAGUUCUGUGGACCAUGCCUGCGUAAUCGCUAUGGCGAGGAUGUGAGAUCGGCGUUGCUGGACCCGGAUUGGAUGUGUCCUCCCUGCCGUGGAAUCUGUAACUGCAGUUACUGUCGGAAGCGUGAUGGCCGCUGUGCCACAGGGAUCCUCAUUCAUCUAGCCAAGUUUUAUGGUUACGAUAAUGUUAAGGAAUAUCUGGAAAGCUUACAGAAGCAGCUGGUAAAAGACAAAUGAGAGGAAAAGGAGCGAUUCAUCUCAGAGUAUUCCAAGAAGAGAUGCAUACCAUUUGUGCCUAAGAUUUCUUAAAGUUGUAUUUUCAUACAGGAAUUCUUUGUAGAGUUGACUGUUUCUGAAUACUGUUUUAAAAAAUAUAUACUUAAAAAGAUUUUUCAGGAAAAGCAAGCAAAGGGAUCUAUAUUCCGGUAUACAGGUUUUGUUCUUUAGUAUGAUUCAGAAGCACAGUUUAAAGUUCAGGUAAGGUACCAAGAAGACCUUGUAUAAGCAGCUCUUUCCUUUAGUACCUUUUACUUACCAAACUGCUUUCCUAUGCCUUUUUUUAACUGGCAUUAUUGCCUUUUAGUUUGUUGUAGCCCAAGUGAUUGGCUCAGACCAUAUAGUAUACUGAAGAAUGUUUCCCUGAAUUACAAAGUGCAAUUAACCACAUGAUAUCAGAGUUACUAGUUUGUUUUUUUUUUUAAUUUUUAUUAAAACUAAAGUGGACUGUUGUGUUACAGACACUGGAGGCCUUAGAGUGCCUGUUUUUUCAUUUAUGACUUGCCUGCUGCUUCUAGUUUUGAGAGAAUUUUAAGGGCUAAGUUUUAAUUUAAAAAGAUUUUGAUGUUUACUGUCCAUAAGAACUGAAAUUCCCCUUCAAGCUGCAUGGUUUUUGAGGUUCAGUAGAAGCUUGGUGAAAAUGUGAGAGACUAUAUUUUUGUGUUGAGAGAUGGGGUUUCAGAGAACCCAGGAAAGCUAAAAUCACUGAACAUACUUCCUAAGCAGGUUUCUAGCAUUUUCAAUAUUUGCUUUUUGUCACAUUCUCCACUGUUUAAGGAUACUGUUUUAAAAACUAAAUGCACAUAUAAGUUACUAAAAAAAUUACAUAAGUUAGAAUGUUUUAUGCUCUUAAGUAGAAUAAAUUAAUAGGAGCCAGCACAAUAGGACAUUCUCACUGUGUUCUGCUGCAGGCUGGAGCACGUGUCUCUGUACAAGGGCUCCCUUAUGCUUCUAGCAGCAGAGCCACGCCUGCCAGCACCCACUUGGCUGUCUUCUCUUUGGUCUUCAGCCUGAAGGUCCAGAUGUAUGUGGGGCCCCUCAUUUUGUUGAUGUACACAGGGCAUUCAUAGGUGUGUUUGGUUUCUUGUCUGUCCAUGGGGAUGGCUUUGGCAAAGAUGACCGGCAUCAUGGACGUCAGCUCCUUGAGACGAGCUUCAACAAUAGUUCCACACUGGAUGUCCCAUCUGGCACCUAUGGCAAAAACAGCAGUUGCCAACUGUGUGGCAUGUGUGGGGCAUGUUCAAACUGAUAUUCUAACUGAGGCAAUAAACAUUCUGAUUUUA